AUGGAUUUGUUAGAUUCUGGAAAUUUUUCUGAAGACAAUUUAACUACUCUAAAGGUAAAUGAGGAUUAUAAAAAAAAGUACGACGAAAAGAAACGUAAAGAGGCUCUUGCUAAAGCUAAAGAUUUGCUAGCUAAAACUGUAGAAGACUUUAGUGAAUCAGAUACAUCAUCAUCUGAUGAGGAUGAAUAUGGAGAACUUUUAAAACCCAAUAUUCAGAUAAAGAUAUUAGAUACUUUAUGCCGUAUUAAAAAGAGGGAUCCAUCUAUAUAUGAUCACAAAAAUAUUAUAUUUUCAGAUUCAGAUGACGAUUCUACAGAAGUAGAGAAGAUAGAUAAAAAGAAGAAACCUUACUUAUAUAAAGAUUAUGAACGUGAGGCUAUAUUGGAAGAAAUGAAUGAAUCUGGAGAGAAACAACGAAAGGUAAGAAAGUUGGAGUAUAAUAGAGAACAAGAAGAGAUAAAACAAGCUUUUCUAGAAGCAGCCAAGGGAUUAGACAAUGAAGAUGAAGGAAGUGAAGAGUUAUUAGUCCAAAGAAAGGGUACACAAGAUAAAGAUAUGUCUGAAGGGAUGAAUUCUGCAGAUUUUGUGUCUACAAAUACUGAAGUGAAAGAUCCUAUGGAAACACUAAAUAGAUAUUGGGGGCCAGAAGAAGAACUUGAUGAAAACGAAAAAUUUUUGAGGAAUUUUAUAUUAAGAGAAGAAUGGAAAGAUUUUAAUAAUAAGGAAUGUUUAAAUAAUGAGGAGGUAUUUGAUAUUAAUAUUGAAAAGGAAGAUGAAGAAUACUGUGAAAUAGCUGAACAAUUUGAGCAUAUAUACAACUUUAGAUAUGAAGAGCCAGAUUUGGGCACCCAGAUUCAAGGGUAUACUCGUAAUAUACCCUCACUACGCAAGGUAGAUGAUCGUAGGAAGCAAAAAAGGCUUGAAAAAAAAGAACGCAAAGCUCAGGAAAAGUUAGCUAUGGCUGAAGAGCUUAAACAGCUAAAGAACUGGAAAAAACAAGAGAUUUUUGAAAAAAUUAAGAAAAUUAGAGAAAUUUCUGAUAAUAAAAAUAUUACUGAUGAAGUACUUGAUUUGGAAAGUGAAUUUGAUCCAAUUAAACAUGAUCAACAAAUGGCAAAGUUGUUUGAUUCUGAUUACAAUAGUAAUCAGGAGAUCCUAUCUCUUGAAGAGCUUCUGAAUAGUGAUAUUGAAGAACAUGAUAAGAAUACCAUGGAAACUAAGAUACGAAAUGUUGCAGGAAAUUUUAGUGAACACAAUAUUGGAAAAGAAUUUGAGAAGCGUAUCGAAGAUGAUCUGGAUGAUAAAUAUGAAUGGUGGCAAUGCGAUCAGUGUCUACGAGGUAUACCACCAGGUAAUAAGAAAUUUGAUUGUACAACUUGCGAAAAUUAUACUCUUUGUAAGAUGUGUUGCAAGAUUGUAAAUCAUGAACAUCCGUUGAAGAAAAAUAAAGUACCCAAACAUGCAAACCUACCGGAAGGAAUAACAAAUCUAUCUAGAGGCAUGACUGAUGCAGUUGAGAAAUUGAUGGAUGAAUAUUAUGGUUUAGACUAUGAAGAUAUAAUAGGAGGAGAUUUACGGGUAAGAUUUAAAUAUAGCAAAGUUGAUAAGGAAGACUUUGGAAUUACUUUGAAUGAAUUGUUAGAAUUGGAUGAUAAGGAGUUAAAUAGAAGGGUAUCUUUGAAGGCAUUGGCACCAUAUAGAGAAAAUAUUAAUAGAUAUAUUAGAGAUUUUAAGAAUGGAAAUAAAUCAUCAUUUAAGUUAGCUCAGAAGAACAAAAAAUUAAAAACUGAACAUAUAUUACCUAGUAACGUGAAUAUACAUCGUCUGGAAGCCUAUGGUAUUAGUUUUGAGGAUACUAAGGGUUCCAAAAAAAAUAAGCAAAAAAAAAGUUAUUAA